AACCAUCAUAUCAUUAUUUUCUAUUGGGUGCCAGUGCGAUACCUUACUUUUCCCCCUCUGCUAAUAAUACUCAUUUCAAAUAUUGUAAUCGCUAAGCCGAUAAGCGCUCUAUGUCAUAGCAUUCUUCCCUAACGCUCGUUUACUCCAUUUGUUUUCAAUUGUUUAUCACUCUCCACGACCACUGUCCGACCGUUGAACCUGAUAAAUCGCAUUCUAUAUAUUAUUGCGUCGUUUCAAAUUGCUGGCAGUAACUAAACAGUAAUAAUAAUGAAGAGCUGCGGACUCUUCUUUUUACUGAUACUCCUCGCCGUUUGUGAAUCGUCUUUUGCCUGGAGAAGCUUCUUCAGGGGACGAGGCAAACAUGGAUUUGGUGAGCCGAAAUUAUCCAGAAAGUAUCAGCUACCUCCGGAUAUGUGGUUCACCCAGAAUCUUGACCAUUUUGAUCCCACGAAUAUGCAAACGUGGCAACAGAGGUAUUUUGUGAAUGAAGAAUUUUACAAGAAAGAUGGUCCAGUAUUUCUUAUGAUCGGAGGAGAAGGAAAAGCCAGUGCGAAAUGGAUGGUUGAAGGUCAAUGGAUUGAGUACGCUAAACAGUACGGGGCUAUGUGCUUUCAGUUGGAGCAUCGCUUUUAUGGAAAAAGUCAUCCUACUCCAGAUUUAAGCGUGAAAAAUCUAGUAUAUUUGAGCUCAGAGCAGGCUCUAGCCGACUUGGCUUAUUUUAUCGCGGGGAUUCGUCACAAGUAUCAGAUUCCAGGGGACUCCAAGUGGGUUGUUUUUGGAGGAUCUUAUCCAGGCUCACUAGCUGCCUGGGCUCGUGUCAAAUAUCCUCAUUUGGUCCAUGGAGCUGUCUCCACUAGUGGUCCUCUCCUGGCUCAAAUGGAUUUUCAACAGUACUACGUCGUCGUCGAGGAGGCCCUGAAAACACAUUCGCAGGCAUGUGUCGAUGCCAUUACUAAUGCCACACACCAAAUCCACGUAAUGCUGAGGCACAGGAUUGGGCAGAUGAACCUCAGCGAAAAGUUUAAACUUUGCACUCAGAUUGAUCCCUCCAAAACCAAGAAAAAUGAUAUUUCAAAUCUUUACGAGAUUCUUGCCAGUAAUUUUGCUGAAGUUGUUCAGUACAAUAAAGAUAAUAGAGACAGCUCCAAGUUCUCAAACAUCUCUAUUGACACUGUCUGCGAUAUUCUGGUAGAUCAGAAAAGGGGAAUCGCUGUGGAUAGACUGGCUGAGGUCAGCAAUAUGAUGCUCAAUGCCAGUGGUGACAAGUGCUUUGAUUACAAAUAUAGCAACAUGUUGGACGAGAUGUCGAACGUUUCGUGGAAGGGGGAAAUGUCAGAGGGAGGACGCCAGUGGACUUAUCAAACCUGCACCGAGUUUGGCUUCUUCCAGACUUCAACUGCCAAACCAUUGUUGUUUAGUGAGACUUUUCCAGUCGAUUUCUUCGUCCAGCAGUGCACCGAUAUCUUUGGACCUCGAUACAACAUUCAUCUUUUGGAAAACGCUAUAGAACGAACCAAUACUUUUUACGGCGGUCUCCAACUCGAAGUGACAAAUGUUGUUUAUGUUCAUGGAUCUAUUGACCCGUGGCACGCACUUGGCAUUACAAAAUCAUCAAAUCCAAAAACCCCAGCAUUCUAUAUCAAUGGUACUGCUCAUUGUGCCAAUAUGUAUCCAGCUUCGAAACAAGACAUUCCAGAAUUGAUUGCAGUCCGGCAAAAAGUGGGCAAGAUCAUCGGUCGGUGGUUGAAUUAAAAAAUAAAUGUCACUCCAAAGUGUUUUUCGUAAAUAUUAUUACUCCAUGUUAAUUCUCAGAGAGCAAAGUAAUGACUAUAAUAAUAAAUUAUGAAGACUGAGCAUGAUAAUA